AGUCUGAGCCAGCUCUUGGAGGUCUCUUUUGAAUAUAAGAUCCCUCUACCUAAAGAGAAGUUUCAAGCCAUCUGCAGUGCUCUGCACAUCCAGGUGAGGAAGGCAGUUCUCCAUUUCAUCAGGAGGCUGCUCAGUUCAGGAAGUGUGGAGAAUUGUGCAGCAUGGGAUAUGGUAGCAUAUGUUUUCCGCGAGUUCAGUGUGUCCACCAGCAAACUGGCUAUUCAGGAAGAAAGCACUAUCCAAACCCUGUGCAUUGACAUCCUGCAAUGUCUGGACACCUCAGUCAGUGGAAUGACCCAAGUGUUAUGGCCAAGGCUUCUGGAGUAUGUGGUGCCCGCUCAGUACACGGGUACUUUGAAGCCUCUCUGCAGAUGCCUUAGGGAACUGGCUGAGAAAAAGCAGCAGGAAGGAGAAGAAGCUGCUUGCCUCGGCUACAGUGGACCAG